CUAACCAGCUACUUUAGCCUUCAGGCUGCGGGCUGUUGUGGAAGGGAGGUGCGAUGGAUGGAUGCUUUGCCCCGAUACGUUUUUCGGAUUUUUCUCGGUUUAAACACAAUGCGCCCUCCACGGCGUUAGCUGCCCCUUUGAUACACUCUGCGCUGUUGCGGAGGGGUGCUCAUUAGCAGAAUUGAUGAUCCAGGAGCAACGGUUUUUUUCGUUGUAGUUUGAAGAUUAACCAUAGCUGAAUCUGUUGAAGUGGCUACACAGCUAGCUCUUCCUUGCUGUCUACCAUCGCAUUCGUGUGUCUCUUACCCCAGGAAUGUUCUCCAAAAAGCCUCAUGGGGACGUUAAAAAAUCAACACAGAAAGUGUUGGACCCAAAGAAGGACGUGUUGACGAGGUUAAAACAUCUCAGAAUAGUCAUAGAAAAUGCAGAGCCUGCAGAGUUAAAGCAGUUCUUCGACUUGAACUAUUCCCAUAUCUAUUAUGUCUUCUUUGAGAACUUUGUCACAAUUGAGGUCAGCCUCAAGCAAAAAGGUCACAAGUCACAGAGGGAGGAGCUGGACUCAAUCCUCUUCAUUUUUGAGAAAAUUCUCCAGUUGCUGCCAGAGAGAAUCCAGAGCAGAUGGCAGUUCCACAGCAUUGGGCUGAUCCUCAAGAAGCUGCUACACACUGGGAACUCUUUAAAGAUCCGUCGUGAGGGUGUGCGUUUGUUCUUGCUGUGGAUGCAGGCACUGCAGAGUCACGCUGAACGGGAGCAGCUCUGCAUGUUUGCCUGUCUGAUUCCUGGCUUUCCAGCUCCACUUUGCCAUGGGACCCCACGCACGCUGGACACUUUGAUCAACCCACCACUGAGUUUAACAGAGACUCAGGUGACUCCAGAAGAGAUCACUCCAUUGGUUCCUCCCCAGUCAGGUGACAAGAACCAGGAAGACCUGACAGCUUACUUUUUAGAAGCGCUACUCAAAUACAUGGUAAACCAGGCCAAAUCUCUCGAGUGGCGAUGUAAAGAGAACCAUGAGCGUGGCUUUAACUUCCUUUUUGGUCACUUUAGGAAGUUUUAUCUUCCUCACAUCUUUCCCAACUUCGCCAUGGAAACCAGCCUAUACAGCCCGAUACUGGAUGUCCCUCCAAUGCGUCCUAAGCCGUACUACAGUGUCGUGCGAAGGGAGCAAGAUGCCGGUGAACCACUGUACUGUACUAAGGAGAGUUUCCUUCAGGCCAGGGUCAUCUUCAUCCGCUGGCUGGUUUCCUUCUGGCUCGAGCCGCGACCCAACGCACAAACCCACAUCCCAGGAACAGAAGGAGAGAGCGUCCCAAAGAACAUACAGCGAGCUGCAGCUGGACUGGCAGCUCGCUCUGCAGGCAGCUCAGAAGACAGUGCUGGAGGUGGUAUUCGGUCUGACAGCCACCUGGAAGGAAGCGGAGGCUCAUCUGGAUCAGGGGGAGGCAGCUUGGGGAUGUCUGGAGGUGCAGGGACUGGGGGUGAACCUGAACAAAGCCACUCCAACACUUCCACACUGACAGAGAGAGAGCCGAGCUCCUCCUCACUCUGCUCCAUGGAUGAAGAGCAGCUGACUGACAUGGAGGUGGUGAGGAGGGUGCUGACGUGCUCCAGAACCAAUGUCAACUUCAUCACAGAGAUCUUUAGACAGGCAUUUCUACUACCCAUGUGCGAAGCUGCAGCGAUGCGUAAAGUUGUCCGUGUUUAUCAGGAGUGGAUCUCCAUGGAGGACAGGCCAGUGUUUAUGAAAGAGCCAGAAGAGGGCCCCUACCCCAUAGCCUCAGGCGGCAGUCUGGAUUCAGGCUCUCAGCAUGGAGACAAGGACGAUGAGGGAAUGAACAAAGCUGUGGACAGUGAAUUGUUGGAGUACAGUGUUCAUGCUGGAGUUCAGACUACACUACAGGUAUUUAUCACCCACUCCUCAAAUGUUUUCCUCUUGGAGCCAGCCAACGACAUCAAAAUCCUUUUAGAGGAGCAUGUUGAUAUGUGCAAGCGAGUCCUGAACAUCUACCGCAGCCUCGUCAUGCAUGAGACCAUGGACCAGAAGACAUGGGAGCAGAUCUUAUUAGUUCUGCUGAGGGUGACAGAGUCGGUGAUGAAGAGACCUCCAUCCAUCAUGCCUCAUGGCAAGAAGAACAACACACUGUCAGGCAGACUGGCUGGGCCUCUCUUUCAGACACUGAUAGUUGCCUGGAUUAAGGGAAAUCUUAACGUCUACAUCAGCAGAGAACUGUGGGACGACCUCCUCUCAGUUCUGUCCUCUCUAACCUGCUGGGAUGAACUGGUCACUGAGUGGUCACUCACCAUGGAGACCCUCACAAAGGUGUUGGCCAGGAACUUGUACAGUGUGGAUCUGAACGAGCUCCCUUUGGAUAAACUCAGCGAACAAAAACAGAAGAAACAUAAAGGAAAAGGUAUAGGCUCAGAAGGCCAGCGGCAGAUUGUGGAUCGGUCCUUCUCCAAAGGUUGGAGCAGAGACCAACCAGGCCAGGCAGCAGCCAUGAGGCAGCGCAGCGCCACCACCGCUGGUUCGCCAGGCAUUGAAAAAGCCAGGAGUAUUGUUCGCCAGAAGACUGUAGCCCUGCGUAGCUGUUCUACGGGGGAUUCUCUGCUGUCCUCAGCCUUUAUCCGCAGUGCUAAGAGUGCUCCUGCUCUGGCUCCGCCUCUUCCUGUCCUCCUUCACCACCACCACCCUUUACUACCCCCCCUUGCCGACCAGCUGGCAGACCUUGAGGACCCACCGAUCACGCUGACGUCCCGCACCUCUCGGAUGCGCCACUCCUCCCAGAGCGACGAGGCUCCUCCCACCUCAUGUUCUGAGGUCUUCCAGGCAGUGGCCUGCGACCUGGAUCCCCCUGCACCCUCUUCCCUCGCCCGAAGCAGCAGUGCCUCUGACAUCAUGGAACCUUUCAUCGCUGAACGGGUCAAAGGUGAAGACCCCCAGAGGGAUCCCGCUUCAGUCACAAACCCCCCUCAGCACCAUCCCACUACUUCUUUCUUACCUGCAGUCAACAGCCACGCAGCUCAGCCGCUCCCACACACCCCCACUUCACCCUCUCCCACCCCUUUUAUCUCCUCCAAUGGUGUUAUCUCCUCGUCCUCUGAGGGGCAAGAUGAUGGUAGUGUUUAUGACCAGUUCUGGCAUCAGAUUGGCUCUCGAAGCCAAGGUUCAGGUUCUGAUUGGGUAAGCGACUGGGAUUCUGCCUUCACCUUUAUGUCUGAGAAAGAAAUCGAUGCAGAAGAAGGAGAAAUUGGAGCUGGGGUAGAGGAGGAUGAUUUAUUCUCUUCUAUAAGGGACUAUCUCACUCACAAAGGAGGUGAGAAGAAGGAGGAAGGAGGGGAGGAAGACAGUUCUAGUCUAGUUGUAGAGAACAGUGUUGUAAAUGUACCAGCACCUGUGCAAACAGGAGUUGCAAGAACUCAAACAGAUCAUACAGGACAGUUAGGAGAGGCAAGACAAGUGGUGAGAGAGGACAGACAGGUAAGUAAAUCCGUGAGGCACAGCAGUGUGGAUUCAACAGAGGAUAAUGAGGCAGAGCAGAGGAGUAUCUAUGAGUGCCUGGAGCUGCAGUGUCAGUGGCCCUCUCCCAGUGCAAAAGGGAGCGCUAGCUUAGAAAGAAACAGUGGGGAGAAAAAGGGAGGAGGGAGUACAGGAAGGGCAACAGGAUGGGAAGGAAAAAGUGGUGUGUGGAGAGAAAUGGAAGAGGAAAAACAGAAUGAUAAAGAAGUAAAAGAGAGGUCCAGUUCAGUUAGGCAAGACCCAAACUCCAUAGACUCUAGCACUGAAUCAAAUCCAGCUCCCCCGACUUCUGACCUGACAAAGGUUAAGGUGUCUCGAAGCUCAAAAAGGCAUCAUUUAGGGGGAGUUCAUGUCAGUUUCAGGCCCUCGACUGAGUCAGUUCAGUUUCACAAUCCCCUUGAGAAUAAAGAGGCUCACUGGAAGGCCAGGCUGCGCCGCCUCAGUCACUUCCACACACACAGUCACUCAGCUGGGGACAGGCCUGGAGUUGGGGCAGGGCCAGGGGCGAAAGUAGGACCAGGGGGCGCAGGUAAGUUUGGCUCUGUGGCAGGGAUUAGCCAUAGAAUGGGGGGACAUGAGAAGUUAGUUUCUGGGACUGUUCUGGAUAACAGCAGGACAGGGAAUGUAGCACCCACUGGAGGACUAGAAAACAGGGCUGGGACUGAAGGGGAAGGAUCCAGUGUGGGAUCAAACCCAGCCUCUGACACCGUUAACUGCCGCCACUCAGAGCAGUCAUCAAGCAGCUCAGGUUUCUCUGGCGUCUCAUCAGGGGUGCGUGGCCGUUUGGGACGUUCUGCUUUGAGAUCUCGAGCCUCUCGCUCAAGGUCCCAGGAGCCUGGCAGCACUUCCUCAAGACACCACCAGGGGGCUCUCCUGGGUGGCGUCUAUAAGAGUAUGGUUCAUGCUCUGUCCUCUAAGCCCCGGCCCAGAGGUCAAGGCUCAUCCCAAGGCUCGUCGCCCCAGAGGCAGAGCCGGGCAGCCAUGGGUGACGCAUCGCUAAGGGACCUCUACUCCCAUGUCCUGGGCUACUUUGGACGAAAGACGACACCGCCAGCCAAUAAAGAGGAGGUGGUCCAGAAGGCUCGUCCAGUCUCCAGCGACGUCGGAAGCAGCAAUCCAAACUUCUCAGACCUCAUGGAUGAAUUUAUCCAGGAGAGACUGAGGGCCAAAGGAACAGCAGGUCGUCGCGGCAGCAGCCCAGGAAGUCUGGAGGUUCCCAGAGACCUUCCGGAACUCCUGGAGGCAGGCCAGAGUCCCGGGUCACGACCCUCAGAUGAACACCGUCCCAUUGAUGAUCCAGGGGUUCCUUCUGAAUGGACGUCACCAGCAAGUGCCAGUGGUUCUGAUGUCAUCAGCUCAGACAGCCAAUCAGACUCCUUCAAUGCCUUUCAGUACUCCACCUGCAAGUUUGAGAAUUUUACCUUCAGUACAGAAGCUUGUGCAGGAGGAGCUGGAUCAGGAGGAGGUGGAGGAGGUCGAGGCAGCUCACUGGACCAGGACAGCCUGGGAGGAGGUGUGGCCUGUGAAGAGCAUGAAGUUGCAAGUUUGACAACACUUCACCUGGACUCGGAGACCAGCAGCCUCAGCCACACUGUCACUGUUACUGGUUCUGAGAGUGCCUCUCCCAUGCAUUCUCUCGGAGGUUCUCGCUCUCAGACACCCUCCCCUGCCACUCUGACAGCAGAGCAUGCAGACCAUACACACUCCCACUCACACACACACCUCCAGCUGGACCAGAAACUCCACAACUCGGUUCUACAGACUCCAGAUGACCUUGAAACUAGUGAGUUCCCCAGUGAAGACUGCAGUGUGAUGGCGGGUGGCUCUUUAACUGGGUGGCACUCAGAUGUUGCCACGGUAAUGUGGCGAAGGAUGCUUGGUAUUCUAGGGGAUGUCAAUAGCAUCAAAGACCCAGAGAUCCAUGCUCAGGUCUUUGACUAUCUGUGUGAGCUGUGGCAGAACCUGGCCAAGAUUAGAGAUAAUUUAGGAAUUUCUCUGGACAACCAGUCAUCACCUCCUCCUCCAGUUCUUAUCCCACCUCUCAGAAUUCUCACUCCAUGGCUUUUUAAGGCCACCAUGCUAACAGAGCGUUACAAACAGGGGAAGCUUCAUGCCUACAAACUGAUUUGCAGAAUAAUGAAGAGGCGGCAAGAUGUUUCCCCCAACACAGACUUCCUCACGCAUUUCUACAACAUCAUGCACCAAGGGCUGAUGCACCAAGACCAGGACAUUGUGAACACCAUCAUAAAGCACUGCAGUCCAAGGUUCUUUAGUAUUGGACUACCUGGGGCCACCAUGCUGAUCCUGGACUUUAUCAUUGCAGCUUCCAGAGUCACUGUCUGCUCAUCACUCAAUGCUCCGAGAGUAGAAGCCCAGAUCCUGCUCGGUUCUUUGGUGUGUUUUCCAAACUUGUAUGGGGAGCUUCCAGCCCUCCAUCCCACCACAGCUGAUGUGGUGCUCACCAAGUUCCCUGACGUCAAGGAGCACAUUAUUAAAACCAUCCUGACUUCUGCAAGGGAUGAACCCUCUGCUCCUGCUAGAUGCGUGGCUCUGUGCAGUCUAGGUAUCUGGAUGUGCGAGGAGUUGGUUCAUGGGACUCAGCAUCCACAGAUUAAAGAUGCCCUCAAUGUCCUCUGUGUCACUCUGAAGUAUCCCAAUAAGAAUGUAGCACUGGUAGCAUCGGACAUCCUUCACCUCCUGAUAAGCCACGUGGAUCAUCUCCAGAAAUUUCCUCCUGAAACCCCCAAGAAGAUCGUAGAGAUUUUGAUUGCCACCAUCACAUACUUGCUGCCUAGUACUGAGUCUUCACCUCAUGAGCUGGACAAGAGGCUGGUGGUGUCCCUCCUGCUAUGUCUCUUGGACUGGGUGAUGGCUCUUCCACCAAAAACGCUUCUUCAACCUGUUCAAACCCGAAGCCCCCCAGAGAAGGACCAGCCCACCAAGACUCUGCUCAGCUGUAUUUAUAAGGUGUUGCAUGGCUGUGUGUAUGGAGCGCAGUCUUUCAACAGUCCCAAGUAUUAUCCACUGCAGCUGUCAGAUCUGCUGAGUCCAGACUAUGACCCUUUUCUGCCAUUAGAGAGCCUCCGGGAACCAGAACCACUCCACAGCCCGGACUCUGAACGCUCCAGCAAACUUCAGCCGGUCACUGAAGUUCGAAGCCGUAUUCAGCAGGGCCUUGUUUCCAUUGCAGCAAGAACAGUCAUCACACACUUGGUCAACCAUCUAGGACAUUAUCCAAUGUCUGGAGGUCCGGCUACUCUUUCCAGUCAGGUGUGUGAAAACCAAGACAACCCAUUCUGUGAGAGUGCAGAUCUUGGACCAGAGCUUUUCCAUUCACCUAAUCUCCAAUUUCUGGUAUUAAACGGCUCCACACUGCUGUCAGUGUAUCAGAUCCGAUCAGAGUCUGGCGUACCAGGAGGUGGAAUGACAGCUGGUUUGUCUUCUGCUCCUGCCUGUGUCCGUGUCAUCAUCAGAGAUGUUGCUGGCAAACACUCAUGGGAUUCUGCUGUUCUUUAUGGACCUCCACCAUGUUCCCCCAACAGUCCAACACACACAUUCUUAUCACACACACAAUCGCCUCACACUGCAAAUCUUCAUUUACGCAGUCCACCAGGAGGUCCACCAAAAAAGAUCGAAGUGAAGAGAGAGGACAGCGAGGAGGAGAGGCCGGAGGAGAGGGAGGUAGAAGAAAGAGAAACAGGGAUGGAGAGUGAAAGGCAAGAGGGAGAGGAUGAAGAAGAGGAAAGGAAUGUCAGUGAGGAGAGGAAAGCAGAUCAAAGAGGAGGUGAAGAGGAAGAGGAGCAGCAGGAGGAGAACAAUGAGCAGGGGAUGGAUGGGGAGGAGGAUCGAGGGGAGUCAGGCUUUGAACAGAUUCUUGCUCCACCAUUGGCUAAACGGGUUUGUCGGGAGGCAGUGCCAGCAUGGGACACACUGACGGAUGGAGAUGAUGCUCUGGAUGAGAUGCUACAGUACCUGGGAUACUCCAGUCCUGAGUGUCUGCAGAGGGCAGGGAUGCCACUCAACAUUCCGGCACCUCCUCCAGUAUGUGUUUCAGAGAAGCAAGAGAACGACGUGAUCAAUGCCAUCCUAAAGCAGAGCGCAGCUGAAAGAGAGUUUGUUCUUCAUAGAGGUGAGGAGUUGAACAUGAGGGCAGUGCAGCAGACAGAACCUGAGACUCAGACACCACAGUCGGCCUUCUACUACUGCAGACUACUGAUCAACAUACUGGGACUCAACUCCUGGGAGAAGAGGAGCAACUUUCAUUUGCUGAGGAAGAAUGAGAAGUUACUUAGAGAGCUGAAGAACCUGGAUUCACGGCAGUGCCGUGAAACUCAUAAGAUCGCAGUAUUUUAUGUGGCUGAGGGCCAAGAGGACAAACACUCCAUUUUAACCAACACAGCAGGCAGCCAAGCUUAUGAAGACUUUGUCUCUGGACUUGGUUGGGAGGUGGACCUCACCACCCACUGUGGCUUCAUGGGAGGUCUUCAGAGGAAUCGCAGUACAGGCCAGACUACACCUUACUACGCCACCUCCACCACAGAGGUCAUCUACCAUGUCUCCACACGCAUGCCCCACGACCAGGACCACAACCUCACCAAGAAGCUAAGGCACCUGGGUAAUGACGAGGUCCACAUUGUUUGGUCAGAACAUUCCAGAGACUACCGUCGUGGGAUCAUCCCCACUGAGUUUGGAGAUGUGUUAAUCGUUAUCUACCCAAUGAAGAACCACAUGUACUCCAUCCAUAUACUGAAAAAACCUGAGGUGCCAUUCUUUGGUCCUCUGUUUGACGGAGCCAUCGUGGACAUGAAGAUUUUGCCAACCAUGGUCAGAGCCACAGCUAUCAAUGCUAGUCGAGCCCUCAAAUCCCUCAUUCCCUUGUACCAGAACUUCUAUGAGGAGCGAGCCCGAUACUUGGAAACCAUCGUGCAGCACCAUCAAGAGCCGACCACAUUUGAAGACUACGCAGCUCGAGUCUACAGUCCUGCUCCCUGCACACACUUGCCCUCUGACACAGGCUCCUGCCUAGAGAUUCUUCGGGGAGAAAGUCCGGCUCUUGGGGAGGCCGGGAGCGACUCGGCGUCCCCCAUGUCUCCUCGGACUAGCAAGAGCCGCAUGUCCAUGAAGCUGCGACGCUCCUCUGGAUCAGCCAAUAAGACUUAAGAUUCUCCCGAUCACUCGGCCUCAUCCUAACCGGCAUCAGAGGCUUGAAAAUAUUUCUCCAGAGGAAAUAGGGGCUUCUGUUAAACUAUUGUACACUUUGAAAUUGGCAUGAAUUUGACCACCUGACUCAUCCCCUCUCCUCUAGCAUGAUGCUCUUCUGAACGAAGAUGGCCACUUGAGUACAAAACACUUUGUCAAAGUAUUCUCUUGGACUGUAUAAUACCAUAAAUUUAUUCUGAAACUGCUCACAGCUUCUGACUUUAUUCCAAGCUUGGCUGCCUCAAAACACAAAAAGCAGUGAGGCGCUGCAGCAUGCUGGUGUUUGUCACAGCAGCAGCGUUUGAACAAGUGCAGCCUAAGCAGUGCAGUAUUAGCUCGUAAUUAUCUGUGCCAUGUUAGAAAAUGCUCAAAAUUUAAGGACUGCAAAGCUUCAGUGUGUUGGAGAACAAAGAAAACAAAAAGAUCCUAUCUGUGUUUGUGGAACACUGCUAUGAAUAAUCUGUAUAUUUGUACCAUAGAACUGCUGUGUGUGUGUACAGAAACAUGAUUUUUGAUAUAUAAAGAAUGAAUCAGCACGGAGAAAACAAGAUAAAAGUAUAUUUUUGUUGUCAGAGCAGGUCAAAUGAAUAUAGAAAGGUGUUGCUUCUUUUCAGUCCUCAAAGUGUAAAUAAAAGCUUUCAUUUGCUAACUAUAAAAAAAGUUGGUGGCAACGCCUUCAAGCCAAAAAUCCUCCCUGAUUAAGAAUCCAGAUCAUUCUUUUUCUGGAGUCUGUGGGACUGAAAAACAAUGUGAGAAAGUGUUACUGUCAAUUGGAGGGAAUAUUUUCCUUUAAGUAAACAAAUUGAUCAAAGUGGAAGCACUUGUUCUGUAAAGUUUAGGAUUUGUUGCUCAUGCUGUAAAAUGUUCUAAAGCACUGAUGUUACUAAAUAUUUUUUUUGUUCAUUCUUGAAAGAAUUAGCUGUAAAAUACGUUUCCACCUGAACAAGAACCUUGCUGUAUUUUUCAGUUGAGUAUCACACCAUCAUCUAAAACAACGGAACCACAGCUUCUUUCUUUUUAUUUUGACUAUACAUAUGUUUUCUGUAUAUCUAUAUAUGUAUGAGUAUAAAUAUAUAUAUAGUAGAUAUGAGUAUCUAUAUAAAUGUGUACAGUGUGAGAAGGCUUCUUGUGUAAAUAUGAGAAUAGCUGCCAAAGCCAAACUGUGGUUUAACCUCAGACCGCAUAUCUGCUUCAAAUGUGUUGACACUACAAAAUUUUAUGCUUCUGUAUGUUCCCCUUUUCACAGUUUGCACUUUGUUUUCUUGAAAUUUAAACUUUAUUUCAUUGUAGCUUAAAAACUCAUCUCUGCGUUUGUGUUUAUGGCCUUUGUAUCACAGCCAGGCGGGGCGGUUGAGUCUUCUGUAUUUAAACAUACUGACAUUUUAAAAGGAGUGUAGAUGGAAAACUAAUAUGGUAGAUCCAAGGCCAAAGAGUUAAAGGAGGGCAGAUAUGUCACCUUAUCUCUUAGAUAUGAAAGGUUUUGUGUUUGUUUUUUGUUUUUUUUCUCUCCUUGUGUAAUUUGACUCGUCCCUGGCUCCAGCUCUGGAUGGAGGGGAUCUGCAUGUAUCCAGAAACACUACAGUCAUAGAUGACUUUUAUGUAUUUAACACUGUCAUUUCAGCUCUGUCAGUUCAACUCAACUUUAAUAAAACUGACAAGAACUCAA